AUAAUGGCGCCGUCCUGUGGUGUAGUUUUGAGGACAAGGGCAAAUUCUCUUGUCACUCUCAGUGUUGUUUUCACAUGUUGGAGUCAAACAUGGCGAGGUUUUUGAGGCCUAACAUCAGGAGUUUUGUCACCUCACAGCUAAGAAUGUCAUCCGACCAGCUGGGUGAGCUGGGUAAAGGUGCAGGAAAAGGUGGUGGUGGAGGAGGGUCUAUCAGAGAGGCAGGUGGAGCCAUGGGGAAGAAACAGGCUGCUGAGGAGGAGAUGUAUUUUAAGCGUAAGGAGCAGGAGCAGCUUGCUGCAUUGAAGCAGCAUCACCAGGAGGAAAUUGACCACCACAAAAAGGAGAUUGAACGUCUGCAGCGUGAGAUUGACCGCCACAAGGGAAAGAUCAGGAAGCUGAAGCAUGAUGACUGAGUGAACUCUUCCCUUAAAUAAAGUUCCAGUUUUCUCACCGAUCCACCUACACAACUUUACUCAGAUUUCUGCAUGCUCUGUGACACCAGACCAGUCAUGAAUAUGUGGGUGAAUGUACUGUAAAUGCUUGGACAUUAUUAAAACCUGUCACAACCUGA